GUUUGUGAUAAUGUGUUGCUGUGUUUGUGCUCUUCCUGUCUUCAAGCUCAACUGAUGAUCACGUACCAGUCUUCCUGGCAAAUCCUUUCGGUGGUGCUUUUCACCGUCUACAGUGUGGGACAUGUUAGUGAGACAACACUGGAGCUGAAAAACCUGACUUCCUCAAGCCGUCAUAUCCGAGUCAACCCACCUACCACUCCUUACUUCUCUAUUGGCCUAGACGUUAACUUUACGAGCUUCACUUCUUGCGCGUCUGACCUGCGAACACUAAGUCGUUAAGCUAGUGACAGUUAGCUUAAGCCUUGGCCUCGAUGGAAGCUGCUUUGGAAGAACCGGAGACGAGUCAACACUCAACAGUUGACACAGGUUUGAGCAGCCAUAGACCCACCUCAGGAGAAUCACAGGAUAUUUCCCAUAUAUUGGCAAACACUUUCAAAGACCUCUACACGCAAGGCAUCUUUGGGACAGGCUCUUUGAACGACCUCAUCAAGAAAGAGAGUGAUUGGAGCAGCUCCCAUGACAAAUAUGUGGAGGAGCUGCAGCAGCAGGCUAACUCUGAAUACAGACGCUGUAUACAAGAGGCAGACAUGUUGGAGAGUCACAUAAUUCAUGCCAGAAAUCAAGCUACAGCCAUAGAAAGCCAGGAAUACAAGAGACUAAAUCCAGGGGGCGUUUGUGAUCAAGAGGGCAUCUUUACAGUCCAAUCAGCCUUUUCCUGGUGUGUAGACAGUGAUCUCCUCGAAAUGCACAACCUGAUUUCCCCCCAGGACUACUUACCCACACAAAAACCACGAGUCAGACCACCACCACCAGUAAAAUUGAAUCCUGCCAAGUCCACCAUCUCCUAUGCCAUGCACAUGUCCAAGGAACCACAGGAUGAUGGUUAUACGCUCAUUCCCAGUCCAGAAAAGACUGUGUUGAAUAAGUCCGACCUCAGCCUGAUGUUUGAGUCAAGCUUAGAAACACCAAGGGAGAAUACUCCCAGUGAGAGGCCGAAUCAGUCCAAACCCAGCCCGAAGUGGAAGCCAAGCGCGAAAGAGAAGGCGGAGGUGAGGGAUGUGCUCAAGAGGCUGAAAGAUCGACACACCUUCCUUCGGAAUCCUCACUUCCUUCCCCCGAACGCUCAGCAUGGCGGCAGGUCCCUCAUCCAGCCCAGUAGCAGAGUGGUGAAGAGGGAGGGUGGGAGUGAAGGGAUGAGGGAACAAAGCUCAACUGAUGACCCCGUUCCAGUCUUCCUGGCAAAUCCUUCGGUGGUGCUUUUUACUGACUACAUUGUGGGACAUGUUAGUGAGACAACACUGGAGCUGAAAAACUUGACUUCCUCAAGCCGUCAUAUCCGAGUCAACCCACCUACCACUCCUUACUUCUCUAUUGGCCUAGGGCGAUUCCCUGGUGAGGGUGGUGUUGUUGCCCCCGGGAUGAGCUGUAAGUACACGGUGCAGUUCACUCCAGACUCCUUGGCGGACUAUGAGGACUUCAUACUGGUAGAGAGCCAUGUGGAGACCCUGCUGGUGGUGCCCAUCGCCGCCAAGCGACCCCCUCCAAUUCUCACCUUACCAAGAAUUCUGGAUUGUGGCUACUGUCUGAUUGGUGGAGUGAAAUUUGUUGAGUUUCUGUGCCGGAACAUUGGUCUCAGCGCCGGGACGUUCUGCGUCAUCCCAAAGAACCAGUGGCCAGCCUCAAACCUCAGGUCCGUGGCCAGAACAUACUUUUCUGAGCAGCCACCCUUUGCAAUCAGCCCGUCUCUUUUUGUGCUGCAGCCUGGAGAGGCCACAGUCGUGGAGGUGGUUUUCUUCCCCAUCAUUGCUGCGAAGAGCUGUCAGGUUUUCACAGUCGUCUGUGACAACUGCCAGGUGAAAGACAUCUCCAUCGAAGGUGAAGGUCAGAUGAUCGCUUUCGAGCUCGUGUCCGUGUCUGGGGAGAAGGAGCGUCUUGUAAUCGGGGAAGUGCACGACCUCACUGCAGAGCACUUUGUCCGUUUCAGCUCAUGCAACCCUCACUCCAUGAAGCAUAAAAAAAUCAUCAUUAGAAACAAUGUCCACGUGGAGCUGCCUUUCCACUGGCAGAUCAUGAAGCCCAACAUCCACCCUCUGCUUCCAGGGGAAACCCCUCUGCCUUCCCAUAUCCAGUUCCACCUGGCCACAGAUGAUGCUUUCAGUGUCAGCCCUCUCACAGGCAUACUGGCCCCCUGUCAGGACCAAGAGUUCCUGUUAACGUUCGGGCCCACAGAGUUGAAGGACUACCACAGUGUCUGUCACUUGGUGUUGAGAGAUGUCCCACAGCUGCAACCUCAGCCCAGUGAAAAUAGUAUCCUCCAGCCUGUGCGCACUGGCUCCAAGUUGAAUGAUGUCAUCGUCAUGGAGAUAGAAGUCAAGGGGUCAACGGAGCAGUACCAGGUCCUGCUUGAUCCCUACGCUGUGGUGAUACCUGGAGAGAUUUUUAUUUGCACCACCACCAAGAGGCCGUUUAAGUUGUGGAACCACAGCAAGACCUUCAUCUGUUUUCAGUGGGAAAGGAUGAACAGCAGCAGCCACAUAAUAGAAGUAGAGCCCUCUACUGGCCGAAUAGAGCAGAAUGAGUGCUUUGAUUUGGAUUUAAUUGUGACUGGAGGGAAACCGGAGAGGGUCGUGACCAGUCUGGUUUGCCACAUAGAGCACCGACAUGAGCCCAUCACACUGCCUGUGGAAGUCUCCUUCAAGGGUCCCACAGUGACCGUGGGAGUGCCCAGUGUGGACUUUGGGCUCAUGAGGCUCGGGGAGCAGACGCAGACCAGCCUACUCCUCACCAACACCACCCAGCUCGAGGCCUCCUGGACUAUCGGGGGAAGUCAACAUGACCAUCAAGACACACAGAUGCUAGUGGAGCCAUGCAGAGGUGUGCUGCCCCCCCUGGCCUGUUGCAGUGUGGACGUGAUCUUCAAGCCACGUUUCUGUCAGCAGUUUGAAACAGAGCUGGAGCUGGAGGUGGAAAAUGGAACCGGAUGUCACCUGUCAGUGCGAGCAGAUGUGCAGUCUCCUCAGGUGUGUCUGUUAAACUGUGAGCUGCUCCUCUCUGAGCUCUACGUUGGAGUUCCUGCCAAGGCCGCUGUCACUCUCUUCAACCAGACCCUGCUGCCUGCACACUUUCAAUGGAAGGCUCAGCUGCAGGGCAAACAGGCUUCUCUGUGUUCAGCCUCUUUUGACCCCUCCUCUGGUUCUCUGGGACCUAAUGCCAGCGUGGAGGUCAGCGUGACUUUUACCUCUCACACAGACCUGGAGCUGACUGAGAUGGCUGCUCUCUGUGAGGUCCGGGGGAUGAACUCUUAUCUUGUUCUUGUCAUCUCGGCUUCCAAUAUCAAGGAACUCAGCGUGACGUACUCACUGCCAAGUGUCGGCUCCAACCCGGAUGAUAAAAGCCCCUCGACAAUACUCGACUUCGGAGUCGAUGUUGUUUGUAAGAGACCUGUAACCAAGCAGUUGCUGAUGACCAAUCAAACUGCCAUCCCCGCUCCUUUCACCAUAGAGCCUGAGUAUUUCAGCUGCCAUGCCUCCAAGCCAAAUAACCAGCAAGAGAAAAGAUUCGCAUAUGUUAAGAAGCCGCUUCACUCCAUUCAAGCAAAAAUCAAGGGGGAAAAAGCACAUGAGGAGUUUGUGAGCAGCCUGCUGGCUCAUGGGAAAGGUGCGGCGUUCUUUGUGCUGCCGAACACAGGCACGCUGGGACCGUUUGAGACCCUGACUGUGGAUGUGACAGCCUACACUGACAUGUGGGGAGAAUACAGAGACAAUCUCAUAUGCAAAGUGGGGGACCUUGACACCACGCUCAUUCAAAUACAAAUGACAGUGACUGGAUGUCCACUCUACUUCCAGAUUACAGGCCCGCUAGCAGACGACCAAAACCAAGGGCCGAUCAUACAGUUUGGAAUGCAUGUAUCUGGAGGGGACACAGUCUCCCGCUCUCUUCGCAUCAACAAUCCCACCAUGCAUAACAUUCGCAUGGACUGGGAGACGUACAACAUCGAUCAUAACGACCACAGACUGGUGGAUGUUGUGGUGAAGUGCGGACCCGCCUUCCCAAUCAAAGACGCUGAUGGCAAUGAGGUGUUGAGCGGAGCCUUGAGACUUUCUGAUGGAAACAUUCAAACAGGCCGGGAAAGGAUUCGCCCUCCAGGCUCUGAUGGAUCGAGCUCCUCCCUCCAGAGCCAGAUUGACACGGACGAGGAGGAGAUGAGUGAUGGCUGUGACGAAAAUGAAGCCUCUUUUUAUCCCUUUCCUGCGAAUGAAAAACUCUUCUCUGUCCACAUCCGCCCUCACAUGGGCAACCUCUCCGAUUAUCCCUACUGCAUCACGCCUCAGCAAAUCGUGAUUCCAGCAAAGGGCAGCGGCACAUUCCACGUAUCUUUCACUCCUUUGACUCUGUCUGGUUCUGCUCUUGAGUCGAGAUGUGUGGGCUUAGCUCUGGGCUUCAUGAGUCUAGACUCAAAGGCGGCUGCCUGUGUCCCGGGUAAAGUUGAAAGAGCUCAGGGUUUGGAUUUGGAGCCUCUCAGGCUGGAUCUUCUAGCAGCCGUUAAUCCCGCAGUGCUGGUGGUGGAGAUGGAGAAAGACGAUGGGGUGCUGCAGUUUCAUGCCUCCACAGGUGAUUUACAGAGGGCACCAUCGGAGAGAGAGCUGAUAGUGAAGGAAUUUGAUAUCACAAAGAGCCUCCAGCUGAAAAACACCUUGGAGAUGCCACUUCACUUCAGGCUGGGAACUCAGCCUCCGUUCACAGUGCUCAGACCACAGCCUCGCGUGAGGACCAGCAGCUCCAGCAACUCGCCGACUGGUGACAGAGAUUCUCUGGUGCUGCAACCACAAAAAAGCAUGCAGGUGAAAGUGGCGUUCCACUGCUCCCGGUGUCUUCUGGACCAUGUGAACCAGGCAGAUGAGGACGUCCCCCCUGGGGUGACGUUGAUCCAAGAUGCCAAUGGGCCGAGGAAGCUGAGGUUCCAGCAAAACCUCCUGAUUCACUUCAGCAACAACAGCCUGCAGACCGUCCCUCUCUGUGCAUUUCUGGAUCUUUCCGCUCUGCGGCUGUCCACCCAGAGCAUCAACUUUGGGUUCUGCUACGUGGGCCAGAUGCAGACAAGGGAAAUGAACCUCUACUGUUGUGGAGUUCAAACAUAUUGGAAAUCAGUUAUAGAGUCAGAUGAGGAGGAGUCGUUUGUGUUCAGAGUGACACCAGACUUUGGGCUUCUCAGGCCCAACGAAUAUGUCAGCAGCUGCAGAGAGUGUCUCCAGAUCAGCUUCACUCCCAGUGAGGACAGAGAGUUCAGAGCCACGGUGCUGAUCCAGUCUCCUCUGGUGAAGACCCCCCUCACGCUGCAGCUCCAGGGCACUGGGUCAUUUGAUGAAGCAUACUCGUCAAACUAGAUGUUCCUGUCACCCAAUCACCACCUGCUGCAUAACCUGGU